ACCGCAGACAGGCAGCUUUCCUGAUGAGCAGCCUGGUGGAGUGGCAGUACAAAGACCACAGUGGAACAAUGGUGUCUUUUGACAUGCUCACCAACUACAUCCUGGAGGAGGCUGUGAGAGACAACAGCAAAGUGACAAUCAAGAUCAACAAUGAGGAUUAUGAGGCAAAUGUAGCCCACAAGAGAGCUGUCAAGUUUGGGGGCAGAAGAGACAUUGAGUUAUUGAGAAAAGACCUGAAAGACGAUACAUCAGUGUCUCUACCUGCACACUGGGAUGACAUGAAGGGUUCCCUCUUAAUGCUGGUCCCACUAACUCCAGGAUCCAAGGGAUACAAUGACAUAGAGAAGGAAUUUCGGAAGACUUUACUCAACAACACCAUCCUUACAAUUGAACGAGUCCAGAACGAUUCACUGUGGAAAAGCUACCAGAUAAGAAAGAAACUCCUGGAGGAGAAGAACAAGCACACAAACAACGAGAAACUGCUGUUCCAUGGCACCAGUUCCGACUCCAUCACCCAGAUCAACAACCAUGGCUUCAAUCGCAGCUACGCUGGAACACAUGGUGCUGCAAUUGGCAAUGGGUCAUACUUUGCUGUGAACUCCAGUUAUUCAGCAAGGGGAUAUUCUAAAGCUGAUGCACAAGGGAACAAGCGCAUGUACCUGGCCAGGGUUCUUGUUGGAGACUACACUCAGGGACAAGCAGGCUUGAUUGUUCCUCCUGCCAAACCUUCAGGGAAGGAUGCUGAUUUGUACGACAGUGUCACAGACAACACCUCCAAUCCAACCAUGUUUGUGAUCUUCAGUGAUGUGCAGGCUUAUCCAGAGUUCCUCAUCCAUUCCAGUAAAUCAGAUUUAACUGUACCUUCAUUAGUAUAUCAAUACUUCACAACAAAUUGCAUAUGUCUGUGUGAAGGGUUUUAAUGGUAUGUGAGCUAGUUGUUAUAGCCAUGUAUGAGGUUAGACAUCCUUAGAAAACUUACUCUUUAUAGACAUAAAUUAUAUUGCUUAGGCCCUGGGCCCGGUUGCAUAAAAUAUCUUAAAUAAAUUUUGUCCUUGUAUUUUCCCUUACAUUUUCCUUAAGUUUAAGUCAGUUGCACAAACAUUUUAAGGUGAAUUUCCCCCUUAAAUUAAGUGGAAAAGUUAAGGGUGCUUAAUUUAGUAUGGAUAUCAAUGUUAACAGCAUUUGUGGAGGUGGAUGUUGCUUUCCUCUGCCCUGGUUUCAAAAGUAAAACCUCCACCACCAGCUAACAAUAUAAGCUGCACAUUCCAUGGCGACACCGCUAGCUGGCUAGCUAGCUACCAACUCUAAGUUAGCUUGACGUAAUAGAAACAAGUUGAGAAAAAAGAACUAAAUGUUUAUUUCAGGAUAACUUCUCAAUCAAUUUGUUUCUCUGGUCUUGAAUGUAGAAGUUCAAUUUUGUGAUCUCCCAAAAUAAAUGCAAUA